AUGCUCGCGUGUACUUGUAUUCUCUCACUGCCUUGCCAGACAAUUGAGUUCGGAUUCCAGCCAGAAGAGGUCAAGCAGACUCCGGUCGUUGAGACGAAACUCCUUGCAAACAGCGGGGCGAAUGGGCACUCGUAUAAUCUCGAGGUGAAAGCAACUGCGGAUGGUCCAAUCGGGAAGUUUGAUAAGGCGACCGUCUACAUCACCAAUUCACAGAUUCAGAAUGCGUCGAAUCCAUUUUAUCUGUCGGGCCCAAUCUACGUGAUCUUUAAUCCGUACAACAAAGCGGAUGAAACAUACUGCCCACAUGAGGACAUGCGCCGUGAGCUACUAGAGUACGAAUACGGUCGCAUCUACAAUGGAUGGGCGCACGACUACUUUGACUACCUGUGGUACUUCGCCCAAUUCGACCAAAGCACUCUCGAUAGUGCCUUCUACCUACUGAGUUUGCCAGAGAUGGACCAGCGUAAGAUCAAUAGUGCAAGCGACAUUGCUACGUUUGUCUCCACCAACCUUGGGUGGUACUGGAAAAACGAUACCGACCACUCUCAGGGCAUUGUAGGAAUUGAGAAGGGGUUGGUGCAGGGCAGGUGGUCCGAUGAUCUUCGAGACUAUCCUAAUGGCACUGAUCCGGAAGCAUGGACUAGUACCUUGGAAAUCAUCAACGAAUGGAAGGUGCGAUCUGGUUGCCACAUACAUUUGAGCUUACUAAGUCAAACCUGUUUCAAUGCUUAUGCAUUCAUUUAUCGUGAUGUGUUGCGUGUAUUAAUGAGUUCGAUUCGCAUUCUGUCUCUCCGCAAGCAAGGAAAGUGA